AUGGCAUCAGAAAGUACUGCAGGAACACACAAGGAUCCCGUCACGGGAGAGAUGAUUUCCAAGACUGAACUCAAGCGUCGCGAGAAGCAGCGCGAAAAGGAUGCAAAGAAGGCCGAGAAGGCUGCUGCUGCACCACCGCAAGCUGCACCUACUAAGCCUGCAGCUGCAAAUGAUGACGACCUUAACCCAAAUCAAUACUUUGAGCUGCGUGCUCGUACGAUCCAGAAGCUUAAGGAGACUCAGUCCCCCAAUCCCUACCCGCACAAGUUCCAUGUCACCAAGAGUAUCACCUCUUUUGUUGAAGAGUACAGCGAGGAAGGCUUGAUCCCUGCCGGCCAGAAGCUCGACAAUGUGAUUGUCGCUCUAGCUGGUCGUGUGCAUAAUAUCCGGAGCAGCGGCAACAAGCUGAAAUUUUACGACCUACAUGGCGAGGGCUCGCAAGUGCAGAUUCUCGCGAACGUCCGUGAUGCGGAAGACUCGAAAGAAUUCAUGUCUACCCAGGCACUCUUCCGGCGCGGUGACAUCGUCGGUGUCAUAGGCCACCCCUCGCGCAGUCAGAAGGGCGAACUCAGUGUCUCACCCACCAGUAUGGUUCUCCUUGCACCUAAUUUGCACCAACUCCCAUCCGCCCACUUCGGUCUCAAGGAUCAGGAGACCCGUUACCGCAAGCGCUACCUCGAUCUCAUCAUGUCCCCCGGUACGCGCAACAUCUUCAUCACCCGCGCACGCGUGAUCAAUUACCUCCGUCGCUAUCUCGACAACCUCGGUUUCCUCGAGGUCGAGACACCCAUGACGAGCAUGGUUGCAGGUGGUGCCACCGCACGUCCGUUUGUAACACAUCAUAAUGAUCUGGAUCUGGACUUGUACCUCCGCGUAGCGCCUGAGCUGUACUUGAAGCAGCUCACUGUUGGUGGACUCGACCGUGUGUACGAGAUUGGACGUGUCUUCCGGAACGAAGGCAUUGAUUUGACGCAUAACCCCGAGUUCACUCUUUGCGAGUUCUACAUGGCCUACGCGGACAUGUAUGACCUCAUGGAACUGACAGAGAACCUUCUCGAGGGUAUGGUCAAGUACCUGAACGGCGGAAGUACGAUUGUGAAGUACCACCCCGAAGGCAAGGACGGCAAGGAGCUCGUGAUGGACUUCAAGACGCCAUGGAAGAGAUAUGACAUGAUCCAGACGCUCGAGAAGAAGACAGGAGUCAAGUUCCCCCCUGGUGACACGCUGCACACGGCGGAGACCAACAAGUUCUUGCGAGACUUGUGUGUCAAGCACAAUGUUGAAUGCAGCGAGCCCCGGACUAAUGCUCGGCUUCUUGAUAAGCUCGUUGGCGAUUUCAUUGAGCCCCUCUGCGUCUCUCCCGCAUUCAUCACUGGCCACCCUCAAGUCAUGUCUCCCCUCGCCAAGAACCAUCGCUCACGUCCUGGAUUGUGCGAGCGUUUCGAAGGGUUCAUGUGCGGGAAGGAGUUCUGCAAUGCGUACACCGAGUUGAACGAUCCAUUCGAGCAGCGGUUGCGCUUUGAGGAGCAGUCGCGCCAGAAGGAUCAAGGUGAUGACGAAGCACAAGGCGUAGAUGAAGUAUUCGUUGAUGCGCUCGAGCAUGGUCUGCCACCAACUGCAGGCUGGGGCAUGGGCAUCGACCGAGUCAUCAUGUUCCUCACUGACUCCCCUAACAUCAAGGAAGUGCUUUUGUUCCCUGCCAUGAAGCCUCUUGAGACGGCUGCCAAUGCAAGCGGAAAGGAGCCUGGCCCAGCCGGGCAGUCGUAG